AUGGCGUUCACAGCAACCGACGGCGUGUGCUCCAUGUAUGGCGUUCACAGCAACCGAUGGCGUGUGCUCCAUGUAUGGCGUUCACAGCUACCGAUGGCGUGUGCUCCAUGUAUGGCGUUCACAGCAACCGAUGGCAUGUGCUCCAUGUAUGGCGUUCACAGCUACCGAUGGCGAGUGCUCCAUGUAUGGCGUGUGCUCCAUGUAUGGCGUUCACAGCAACCGAUGGCGUGUGCUCCAGGUAUGGUGUUCACAGCUACCGAUGGCGUGUGCUCCAUGUAUGGCGUUCACAGCAACCGAUGGCGUGUGCUCCAUGUAUGGCGUUCACAGCUACCGACGGCGAUCACAGCUACCGAUGGCGUGUGCUCCAUGUAUGGCGUUCACAGCAACCGACGGCGUUCACAGCAACCGAUGGCGAUCACAGCAACUGAUGGCGUGUGCUCCAAGAAUGGCGUUCACAGCAACCGAUGGCGUUCACAGCAACCGAUGGCAUUCACAGCAACCGAUGGCAUUCACAGCAACCGAUGGCGAUCACAGCUACCAAUGGCGUUCACAGCAACCGACAGCGUGUGCUCCAUGUAUGGCGUUCACAGCAACCGAUGGCGUGUGCUCCAUGUAUGGCGUUCACAGCAACCGACAGCGUGUGCUCCAUGUAUGGCGUUCACAGCAACCGAUGGCGUGUGCUCCAUGUAUAGCGUUCACAGCAACCGAUGGCGUGUGCUCCAUGUAUGGCGUUCACAGCAACCGAUGGCAUGUGCCCCAUGUAUGGCGUUCACAGCAACCGAUGGCGAUCACAGCUACCGACGGCGUGUGCUCCAUGUAUGGCGUUCACAGCAACCGACGGCGAUCACAGCAACCGAUGGCGUGUGCUCCAUGAAUGGCGUUCACAGCAACCGAUGGCGAUCACAGCAACCGAUGGCGAUCACAGCAACCGAUGGCGUGUGCUCCAUGAAUGGCGUUCACAGCAACUGA